UAUAAGAAUUCUAAGUUACAAUGGAGGUCCAGGCCGAGACUUGAAUCACUUCACAUCCAGGACAAUAGGAGACAUAAGUUAACAAAAAGCUUUAGACUCUGGUCUAGAACAGUAUCUUUUGGAAUCUGUAACGAGCCUGAACGAUGGCUGAAGAAGGUGAAGCGGCACGUGGAACACAAGGCCUGCCAAUACCUUUCGCGUCCAGGAGUAUGAAGAUGGAGUGGCUGAGACGUGUAGCCACAGCUCUGGAAGUGCCAGCGACGGCCUGUGGUUCAGACCUGAGGCUUAUGCUGGAAGGUAGACUCACAGACAUGGGCCGGCGUCCAGCUAAUGUUCAAGCCUUUGUGGACUCUGGCGAGGAGGAUCAAGUACCUAUGCUCAGGCUCAGUGAUGCAGACGGCGUGUUCCUUGAAGUGGAUUUGGCGACAACUAGACCAGACGAAGCAGAGGAGCCCGAGCUGGAGCCGGAGGAGGAUGACUCUAGGAGGGCGGCCUCAACGGAGCGAAGGAGGGCGGCGUCAACGGAGCGAACAGACCCCGAGGCCACCGUGACCAGACUUUUGGAGGAGCAGACUAGCCUGGAAGAGAGGUGGAGAGCUCAAGCAGAGGAGCUAGAGGGAGCAUAUCACUCGUUGAGGGAUGCUCAGAGGACAAUAGAACAGCUGACAGAGGAGAGGGUACACCUGAGGGAGUCUGCAGAGGAGGAGGCUGCUGCUGUGAAGGAGCAGCUUGAAGAGCAAAAGACCAAAGUUAAGAGAAUGUGGCGUAUGAACUGCGAGCAAAUUACUAUGUAUCAUGAUGAAUGUUGUAAUAAAGAUUAUGAGAUCGCUACGCUUCGGACUAGAAUAGCUGAGCUAGAGGCGACAAGCGCCACUGUGCACAGUGCGGAGCGUGUCACGACGAGCCCUCGCCCGGUAGCAGCCAGAGAUGUAGUGCCCCGCACGAGCCCUCGCCCGGUAACAGUAGUGCCAGUAGCUGUAGUACCAGACCGCCCGGUAGCAGCCAGAUUCAUAGGGGAUACAGUUAGUGGUGAUAGGAGGGGGAAGGCCCCCCCUGUGGAUUCGUUCUCUGCUGGGAACCCAGACGUGCGGUUCGAGGAUUGGUUGCCAACACUGAAGAGGGCUUCCGAAUGGAAUAGGUGGUCUGAGGAGGAGUCUCUCCUGCAAUUAGCUGGCCACCUACAAGGUAAAGCCCUGCAGGAAUGGAACCUGUUGGAUAAGGAGCAGAAAGUGUCCUUCCAGAGUGCAGUGGAGGCCAUACGUCGUAGGAUAGAUCCCCACAAUAGAGUGAUAGCAGCAACGGACUUCAGGCAUGCUUCACAAGCCGAAGGAGAGUCUGUAGCUGAUUACAUCAGGCGAAUAGAGCGGCUGUUUCAACUGGCUUAUGGGGGUGACAGCCUUACGUGUGAGACAAGAGACACAAUGUUACAUGGUCAACUGCAUGGAGGGCUGCGGUAUGAUGUGGUCAAGAGUCCUGCUGUGUCUGGCGCCCAGUUGUACCAAGAGCUUUGUUUAGCUGCCAGACAGGAGGAGAAGAGGGUGGCCGAGUUAAGGCGUAGACAACUCUAUACCAGUAGUACUCGCAGUACCUCAUCAACAAAGACCCAGGGAGGUUUUCAACAAUCUACCCAAAAGCAACCUAUCAGUCGGAGAUGUUAUCUAUGUGACUCCCCUGAUCAUUUAGCUAGGCAGUGUAAGGCACGGAAGACAGAGUCGAGGUAUUUCCAACCAACCAAACCUGCUGGUACCAAGUUUGUCCGCUCAGAGCAGAACGAUGCCAUGAUUACAGAGGAAGCAGAGGAUCCUAGACAAUACUUGUACUCAUCUGAGGACGAUGGAGAAGUAGGGCAGAUAAGAGUGGAAGACAGGGGUAGCAAAUUCCGAGCAGUUCCAGUACAGGUCCAGGAAGUCCCAGCAAAGGGAGUGAUCGACACUGGUGCCGAUAUUAAUAUCAUUGGGGCAGAUUUGUUUAGGCAGGUUGCUACUGUCAACCGGUUGCGAAAGCGGGAGCUUAAAAACCCUGAUAAGAUACCCCAUACGUAUGAUCAACGCCCAUUUAAGCUCCAUGGCAAGAUCAUGUUAGACAUUACCUUUUUAGACAGGACAAUACAUACACCAGUGUAUGUGAAGAUGGACUCAUCAGAACAACUCCUCCUUUCUGAGUGGGUUUUUCGCCAACUUGGCAUCGUGUCCUACCACCCUAGUUUGGGAAUAGAGCCUGUCAAAGAGAUGCAGCAGGAGGUAGUGAAGGUACGCCUAGUGGGAGCCGUACGUGUGCUGCCGUUAUCUAGCUCAGUAGUGCAGCUGGCGGUAGAGAGGGGAGAGCAACUAGACGGACCAGUACUCCUAGAGCCUACUCAAGAUUUCACUGGAGCUGGCCUGCGAUUCUGUGAAACACUGGUCAGUAGAAUGGAUGGAUUGGCACAGGUGGUAGUGACCAACCCUACUGGAUUCACGCAGUGCCUGAGUGAGGGAAUUUGCAUGGGAUCUGCCACUAUACCGCUACGCUUGUAGAGGCAAGCCAUGAGUUAGAG